UGGCACGAGGAGUCUUUAGCCCGAGGUGUGUGCCAUGGAAGAGCAGGAGUAUGGUCCAAACGAAAAAAUGCUCAAAAGAAGGAGUCUCUGGAGCAAGUGGAUGAUAGAUUGUCGCUAAGACCGGAGCAUGCCGGCGCUGAUCGGACCUGGAUGUUUUUGAACACGACUAUGAUCGAUCUCCAGAUCCAUUUUGAUAGUACACAGCCCAAUUCUAAAGGAAUGAAGGCUUUGCCUCAACCAAGCCCGUUCUCGCCUUGGUUGAAUACUUUCUCACCUGGUCAGCGAUCGGAGUGUGAUCCUGUGCUUAUGUCUUAUUUCGAACACAUCAUCUGCAGCAGCUCAACUCUCGUCGAUAACGCACAUUACAAUCCAUAUCGAUAUCAUAUACUCCCCAUGGCCCUGCAGUCCGAUGGGCUGUAUCAUGCCGCCCUAGCAAUCGCAGCUAACACCCUCAAGCUGUCAGAUCAGCGAUACCGGCUUCCGGCAUUGGAACAUCACCAUCGGGCACUAAAUUACCUACGCAUUCUAUUGAAUAAAGACAAUUGGUCGGAAAAUGAGCUGGAUGAGAUGCUCGGUCUGGUCUUGAUGCUAUGCUGGUUUGACGUAGGACCUUCCUUGCUUCCCUUCGAUGAGAAACCUCCUAAUUCUUUACAGAUAUCAGAUAGCAGUCGCCCUUCAUGGGUCACCCAUCUCAAUGGAUUCCAAAAUUUAAUUCGCACACGAAGAGAACGCCCCGGUCGCUCAUGUCACAGUCAAGAAUUGGCAAGUUUCUUCAAUCGUUACUUUGCCUUCCACUUAGUGCUAGCCCGCACUGCGUUUCGCAUCACCCCUCCCUCAUCCCAUAUAUCGCCUCUCCUGCCGGACAAUAUACUCGAAGGAUCAGACAUAAUAGAUCCGUACAUGGGAUUGAGCCCUGAUCUCUUAUUGAUGAUCAACCAAGUAGCCGAACUAGCCUGGGCUUGUGAGGGUGACAACAUAAAAAUCAACCGUAAAGACGUUCAUCAACUCAAGACGGACCUCGAUAAUCUUCAACAAAGAAUACCCACAGAACAUAUCGAUCCUAACACGGAGUGUGCUGCGAUCGCAGAAGCAAAUAGGCUUGGGGCCCUUCUUCUUCUGCAUGAGGUCUGUUCGAAUAAGGCCCCCAUUAAUCGCUCUGGGAUCCCAACACUAGAAUCGGAGGAGAAGAAUGUUUAUGUUGAACAGAUAUUGAGCUUGAUGUUGGAAAAGAAGGUAAAUAUAAUGCGUACUGCAGUUACGCCUUUAUGGCCUCUCUUCUUGGCAGGGUGCUGUGCUCGCAGAGAAGAGGAGAGGGUCCUUGUUUUGCAAUUGUUUAAAGAACUAGAGAGUAUUCGUCGAUUUGGGAACAUUACCCCUGCGAUUGAAGUUGUUGAAAUGGUCUGGCGCCAGCGAGAUCUGUCAGUGCAAGACGAAAGAAAACUCCAGAAAAAGCUUAAUACACAACGACAGAAAGAUCCCUUGCGAGGAACCCGGUUCUCGUGGGAGCAUGCCAUGGUCAUGCUGGGUGGGUGGAAGCUCAGCUUGACUUGA